AUGGCGGACCCGGCAGAGUGCAGUAUCAAAGUGGUAUGUCGCUUCAGGCCGCUAAACAAGUCCGAAGUCGCCCGUGGAGACAAAUACAUCCCAAAGUUUCAAGGCGAGGAUUGUGUGCAUAUUGCGGGCAAACCCUACUACUUUGACCGUGUAUUCCAGUCCAAUACUACUCAGGUGCAAUUCUACAAUGCUGUGGCCCAGAAGAUUGUCAAGGAUGUCCUCGGGGGCUACAAUGGUACAAUCUUUGCUUAUGGACAGACGUCCUCUGGUAAAACACACACAAUGGAGGGCAAUCUUCAUGACGGCGACAUGAUGGGAAUCAUUCCCAGAAUCGUUGGGGAUAUUUUUAAUUAUAUUUAUUCAAUGGAUGAGAACCUGGAGUUUCACAUAAAAGUCUCUUAUUUUGAAAUUUACCUGGACAAAAUCAAAGACUUGCUGGAUGUAACAAAGACCAAUCUUUCAGUCCAUGAGGAUAAAAACAGGGUGCCCUAUGUAAAGGGGUGUACCGAGCGCUUCGUGUGCAGUCCUGAUGAAGUCAUGGAUGCCAUUGAUGAAGGCAAAAACAACAGAAGCGUGGCUGUCACAAACAUGAACGAGCACAGCUCCAGGAGUCACAGCAUUUUCCAAAUCAACAUCAAGCAGGAACACACCCAGACAGAGCAGAAACUCACCAGCAAACUCUACCUUGUCGACCUGGCCGGGAGUGAAAAAGUGGGGAAAACAGGAGCUGAGGGUACAGUGCUAGAUGAAGCCAAGAUGAUCAACAAGUCCCUUUCUUCACUUGGAAAUGUUAUUUCAGCGCUGGCUGAAGGCUCGACGUAUGUGCCAUACAGGGACAGUAAAAUGACCAGAAUCCUACAGGACUCCCUAGGAGGAAACUGUCGGACUACCAUGGUUAUCUGCUGCUCACCUUCUUCUUUUAAUGACGCUGAGACCCGAUCUACACUCCUAUUUGGACAAAGGGCGAAGACCAUCAAAAACACAGUAACUCUGAACAUGGAGCUUACUGCAGAGCAGUGGAAGAGCAAGUAUGAGAAAGAGAAGGAGAAGAACAAGGUACUGAGAACGAGCGUAACCUGGCUGGAAACUGAAAUCAACCGCUGGAGGAAAGGAGAGACUGUGCCAGUGGAGGAACAGUUUGACAAGGAAAAGGCCAAAGAAGAGGCCAAAGCGGCAGAUGUUGUUCCCAAUGACAAGACAGAAGCCUCACCAGUACAAAUCAGUCUUCCUGGUGUGAAACUCACGCCGGCUGAGACAGGACAUUACGAGGCAGAGAUGGCGAAACUCUACAAGGAGAUGGAUGACAAGGACGAGGAGAUUAAUCAACAGUCUCAAAUGGUGGAGACGCUUAAGGAGCAGUUGUUGGACCAGGAGGAGCUCCUUGCCUCUUCCCGGCGGGACCACGACAGCUUGCAGACAGAGCUGAAACGUCUGUUGACAGAGAAUGAAGCUUCCAAAGAAGAGGUGAAGGAAGUGCUGCAGGCCCUGGAGGAACUUGCUGUUAACUAUGACCUCAAAAGCCAGGAAGUGGAGAAAAAAACUCAGGAGUUUGAAGCCCUCAGUGAGGAACUGAAUGAAAAAUCUAGCUCUUUAGCCUCAAUUGACUGCGAGCUCCUGAAACUGAAAGAGAUAACCAACCACCAGAAGAAAAGGGUCGCAGAAAUGAUGGCGUCAUUACUAAAGGACCUAACAGAGAUAGGCCUUGCAGUGGGGAGCAAUGAUGUUAAGCAACACGAGAGUAGUGGCGUUAUUGACGAGGAGUUUACGGUGGUUCGGCUUUACAUCAGUAAGAUGAAGUCAGAAGUAAAAACGAUGGUGAAACGCAGCAAACAGCUGGAGAGCUCACAGGCCGAGAGCACGCAGAAGAUGGAGGGGACUGAGAGGGAAUUAACAGCCUGCAAGCUGCGUGUAUCUCAGUAUGAAGCUAAAAUAAAAUCCCUGACAGACUGUCUCCAGAAUGUGGAGCAGAAGAAAAGACAGUUGGAGGAAAAUGUGGACUCUCUUAAUGAAGAAAUAGUCAGGAUCAGAGCACAAGAAAGAGUGAAUGUUAUGGAAAAUGAGAUCCAGUCUGCCAACGAGGUGAAGGAAGCUGUGGAGAAGCAAAUCCUGUCUCACCGAGAGGCCCAUCAGAGGCAAAUCAGCAAUCUGAGAGACGAGCUUGACAGCAAAGACAAGCAGAUCACUGAGCUACAGGAUGAGAACCAGGAGAUCAGGCUGGAACAGGAAAGGUGGCGAGUUGAGCAUGAAAAGCUCAAGGCGGUGGAGCAAGAGAAGAGUCGCCAACUACAAGAGCUCACGGAGAUGCAGGACAAGCGGGAGCAAACAAAGCAGGACCUGAAGGGACUGGAAGAAACUGUGGCUCGUGAGCUGCAGACACUUCACAAUCUCAGAAGACUUUUCGUCCAAGACUUGGUCAUUAAAGUCAAAAAGAAUGCUCAGGUAAGCUCAGAAGAACGAGAAGUCAGCACUGCCCAGAAAAGGAAGAUAUCCUUCCUGGAAAACAACCUGGAGCAGCUAACCAAAGCUCACAAACAGCUGCUACAAGACAAUGCUGCCCUCAAUUCUGCAAUUCCUAAAAUGGAGAAGCGUCUUCGAGCCACAGUUGAACGGAUCCAAGCCCUGGAAGGCGCUCUGAAGGACGCCAAAGAGAGUGCCGCCCGCGACCGCAAACGCCACGAGGAGGAAGUUGAGCGCAUCAGGGAGGCCACUAAGCCUAAAAACAUGGCGAGGAGAGGCUCAGCUCAGAUUGCCAAGCCCAUUCGACCAGGCCAGCUGCCAGGCGCCUUGCUUUUGAACCCAAAUGGAAACAGGUCCAACCUCAUGCAGAGUUAUGGUGGCAUCAAGGAAGGGGAUGACAGAGUGCCCGAGCUGCAGAUGUAUGCAGACAAAGGCACAGGUUGUGAUCCCAGUGUUGAUGUAGACCUGAUUUUCUCUAGUUUGCGCUCAGACAACCAUGACCCAGUGUUGAUGUAG